UUCAAAAAUGUUUUCGGAACUGAGUUCGUCACAAACUUCAAAUUCUAAAACAAAAAAUGAUGAGAGAGUCGAGACGGAGCUAAAGCCAAGCUCAUCCGAUGCAUCAAUCAAUGAUGGGAGAAUGUUCGGCAGUUUGGAGGAGCUUAUGACGUAUAUUGGAUCCAACUACCCGCACUACCGAAAAACCGUGUUUCCAAUCUUCAUCGUCUACUUCUUCAUCUAUUUCUCCUCCAGAUUCCUAACAGAGACCCAAAAGCUUAAAUCUCUGGAAACUAUGAAACACAACGGAACAAAUGAGUAUUUCUACUCAAAAUGUCUCCCAAACAAUAUGGAUGAUUCACUGAAAGUUGCUGAAAAAGUGAAUUUCAUUCCAGUUCGAGUACCAAAAGGAGAGCUGACUAUUGUGAUGGAUACUUUCUUCAUGUUUGCCACGACUACUUUGAGCCCCAGAAAGCUGGUAAUGUGUUGUCUGGGAUUUGUGAGCACCGCGUAUUUUGUGAUGGCACAUUUCGACUCUCAAAUUCAGAUGAGCAUUUAUGUUUCGCAGAUUUUUUCGGAGAUAUACCGCAUCGUUGCCUUAAUCACAAUUGCUGAGUCGGUUCCAAAGUAUCACAGAAUGCCGGCGUUGAUCCUCCUGGAAAUUGUCCGCACAGCUUCACACACACUUUCCACUGUAGCCGUUCGUCUACCAUCAGAAUUCUCCAUGGAUUUGUCGUACAGCUUUGAGAUUUUUGGAUUUCUCACGAUCAUCAUGGGAUUUGUCACUUAUUACACAUUCCACGACUCUCUGUACAGUUUGUUGGCUCGAAGUAAGACGGAUCAAAUGCAGGAUCGGGUGACUGAGAUCUUCAAAAAAUCCGACAUCUACCAGGCGCCAGAUGCCGUAAUCGAUCAGAUCGCAUUCGAAAAUUUCGAGAAUAAUGAUAACGCUAUCGAGAUCUUCGUGAAAACGCUGAAAUCGUUCAAGCUAAUUCAAGAAGUGCUCGUUUGUGGUGUGAUCUCCGGCGCCAGCCUUGCUGUCGACGCUUUCUUCGAAGCCGAAACCAUCAAGCACGCCGAGCUCAUGUUCUUCGAGAAAACUCUGAUACCCAUGACGUCAUACACUCUAUCAGCCAUUUUGCUCCUGAUUCUGAGCUUUUUGAUGCCAACUCGACGGAUUCUCCCAGUGAUUUUGACUAUUCCAGUGAUUUUUCUCACGACAUCGGUUAUUUAUGUGAUUCCGGCGAUUUUCAAGACAUAUGACAAGUGCUCUCAACAUUAUACCAUUGAGCAUUCUGUCUUUCCGUUCUACUUGGCAAUCGGGAUAUUUACCAGUGCUCUCACAGAUAUUGUUCGCUUUUUUGUGAAAGUUCAUUUGCUUGAAGUAAUGCCUGUGUUGAUCCGUGCACCAAUCAUUGCGGUGCUCUAUUUUGUGCAAUACUCAUUUGAUGGAAAUGUUCGCGGACUCUACUCGAUGGAUAGUAUCGGCGGGGAGAUGAUUCUGGUGUUGAUCUCGAUUUUGGCAAUGCUGAUUUUGUUGAUAACUCCGAGAAAGAAGAAUGACAUGAAUGUGUUUUUUUCAGAAUAUAAUAACAACGAUAGACAAAGGGCAUGCCCACCAGCACCGGAAUUUGUGAACUAGAUACUGGAACAAUUGUCUAUAAAUAAAUUUUUCUAAUAGAAAAU